CGCCGCCGCCGCGCCGCCGCUCCGGUCUCGGCGUGGCGCUGAGGAGGGCUCGGCUCCGGCGAGGAGGCUGCGGGAGGCUGAGGUGAAAACUGCAAAAGCGCGAGGCUGACUGAAGAGAGAAAUUAAUUGUGCUGAAGUUAGUCUGGCUUCUACAAUUAAAGGAUAUUUUUGGUACUUUUUAAUUGAAGUGGAGACGGCUUUUUUUUUUUGUAAAAAACCAUGGCGGAUGUGGAUCCAGACACGUUGCUGGAAUGGCUGCAGAUGGGGCAGGGGGAUGAGAGGGAUAUGCAGCUGAUAGCACUGGAACAGCUCUGCAUGCUGCUUCUGAUGUCAGACAACGUGGAUCGCUGCUUUGAAACAUGCCCUCCUCGAACUUUUUUGCCAGCACUGUGCAAAAUUUUUCUUGAUGAAAGUGCUCCAGACAAUGUACUGGAAGUAACAGCUCGUGCCAUAACUUAUUACCUGGAUGUGUCGGCUGAGUGCACCCGUAGGAUUGUGGGAGUGGAUGGAGCUAUCAAAGCACUUUGUAAUCGUUUAGUAGUUGUUGAACUUAACAACAGAACCAGCAGAGAUUUGGCUGAGCAAUGUGUGAAGGUGUUAGAAUUAAUCUGUACCCGCGAGUCAGGAGCUGUGUUUGAAGCUGGAGGGCUGAACUGUGUUCUGACAUUCAUUCGUGACAGUGGACACCUUGUUCAUAAAGAUACUUUGCAUUCAGCUAUGGCUGUAGUAUCCAGACUCUGUGGCAAAAUGGAGCCUCAGGAUUCUUCAUUAGAGAUCUGUGUGGAAUCACUGUCUAGUUUAUUAAAACAUGAAGACCAUCAGGUUUCAGAUGGAGCUUUGAGAUGCUUUGCUUCAUUAGCUGACAGAUUCACAAGGCGUGGAGUUGACCCAGCCCCAUUAGCUAAACAUGGAUUAACUGAGGAGUUGUUAUCUCGCAUGGCAGCUGCUGGUGGGACAGCCUCAGGACCAUCUUCAGCUUGCAAACCUGGACGGAGUAGCACUGGAGCACCAUCUACAGCUGCAGACUCUAAAUUAAGUAAUCAGGUGUCAACUAUUGUAAGCCUGUUGUCAACCCUGUGUAGAGGCUCUCCAGUAGUAACACAUACUUUUAAUUAUUUCCAGGAUCUCCUAAGAUCUGAACUUCCAGAUUCUAUAGAAAGCGCGUUGCAGGGUGACGAGCGAUGUGUGCUGGAUACCAUGCGGUUAGUAGAUCUUCUUUUGGUGCUACUGUUCGAAGGCAGAAAAGCCCUGCCAAAAUCCAGUGCUGGAUCUACAGGCAGAAUCCCAGGAUUGAGGAGACUGGAUAGUUCUGGGGAACGUUCUCAUCGGCAACUGAUAGAUUGCAUCCGCAGUAAGGAUACUGAUGCACUGAUAGAUGCAAUUGACACAGGAGCUUUUGAAGUAAAUUUUAUGGAUGAUGUAGGACAAACUCUUUUAAACUGGGCCUCAGCUUUUGGAACUCAGGAAAUGGUAGAAUUCCUCUGUGAAAGGGGUGCUGAUGUUAACAGAGGUCAGAGGUCAUCCUCAUUACAUUAUGCAGCAUGUUUUGGAAGACCUCAGGUAGCAAAGACUCUCUUACGACAUGGUGCAAAUCCUGAUUUGAGAGAUGAAGAUGGGAAAACUCCUCUGGACAAAGCUCGGGAAAGGGGGCACAGUGAAGUAGUAGCUAUUCUUCAGUCUCCAGGGGAUUGGAUGUGUCCUGUCAACAAAGGGGAUGAGAAGAAAAAGAAAGAUGCAAACAAGGACGAGGAAGAAUGCAAUGAACCCAAAGGAGAUCCAGAAAUGGCACCCAUAUACUUGAAAAGACUAUUGCCUGUGUUUGCACAAACAUUUCAACAAACUAUGUUGCCUUCAAUAAGGAAAGCAAGUCUUGCACUCAUUAGAAAAAUGAUACAUUUUUGUUCUGAGGCGCUCCUGAAAGAGGUUUGUGACUCUGACGCUGGCCACAACCUGCCCACAAUACUGGUUGAGAUAACAGCUACAGUGCUUGAUCAAGAGGAUGAUGAUGAUGGCCAUUUGUUAGCCUUGCAAAUCAUAAGGGAUUUAGUGGAUAAAGGUGGUGAUCUUUUUCUAGACCAACUGGCUAGACUUGGCGUAAUUAGUAAAGUGUCAACUUUGGCAGGGCCAUCAUCUGAUGAUGAAAAUGAAGAGGAGUCCAAACCUGAGAAGGAGGACGAGCCACAGGAGGAUGCUAAAGAACUGCAGCAGGGUAAACCAUACCACUGGAGAGACUGGUCAAUCAUUAGGGGAAGGGACUGCCUGUAUAUCUGGAGUGAUGCUGCAGCCCUGGAGCUAUCUAAUGGUAGUAAUGGAUGGUUCAGAUUUAUCUUGGAUGGAAAGCUGGCCACAAUGUAUUCCAGUGGGAGCCCUGAAGGAGGAUCUGACAGCUCAGGAAUUGGCUUACUAAAUAGUAAAGGAUGUAAACAGGUGGAAGGUGAAAGUAGGAGUGAGUUCCUUGAGAAGUUGCAGAGGGCUCGAAGCCAAGUAAAACCAUCUACCACAAGCCAGCCAAUUUUAUCAACACCAGGGCCAACUAAACUUACUGUAGGAAACUGGUCACUGACCUGUUUAAAAGAAGGAGAAAUUGCUAUUCACAAUUCUGAUGGUCAGCAAGCUACAAUACUGAAAGAAGACCUGCCAGGCUUUGUGUUUGAAUCCAACAGAGGAACAAAGCAUUCGUUUACAGCUGAAACUUCCUUGGGUAAGUAUGUAGGGUCAGAAUUUGUGACUGGCUGGACAGGUAAAAGAGGAAGAAAACUGAAAUCUAAACUGGAGAAGACAAAACAAAAGGUGCGCACUAUGGCAAGAGAUUUGUAUGAUGAUCAUUUUAAAGCUGUUGAAAGUAUGCCUCGAGGAGUAGUUGUAACACUGAGGAACAUAGCAACACAGUUAGAGUCUGCAUGGGAACUUCAUGCAAACAGGCAGUGCAUUGAGGGAGAAAAUACAUGGAGAGAUUUAAUGAAGACUGCUCUGGAAAACUUAAUUGUACUGUUGAAGGAUGAGAAUACUAUUUCUCCAUAUGAAAUGUGCAGUAGUGGCUUAGUUCAAUCGCUACUGACAGUUUUAAACAAUAAUGUUGAUUUGGAUGUGAAACAAGACUGUAGUCAACUGGUAGAGAGGAUAAACGUUUUCAAAACAGCAUUCAGUGAAAAUGAGGAUGAUGAAAGUCGUCCAGCAGUUGCAUUAAUUCGGAAAUUGAUAGCAGUGUUAGAAUCCAUUGAACGGCUACCUCUCCACUUGUAUGAUACACCAGGAUCUACAUACAAUCUUCAGAUCCUGACAAGGCGCUUGAGGUUUCGUUUGGAACGUGCCUCGGGGGAGACAUCUUUGAUAGAUCGAACUGGUAGAAUGCUCAAGAUGGAGCCACUGGCAACUGUUGAAUCUCUAGAACAGUAUCUGCUGAAAAUGGUAGCAAAGCAGUGGUACGACUUUGAUAGGGCUUCAUUUGUUUUUGUACGAAAACUACGAGAAGGUCAGACAUUUGUGUUCAGGCAUCAACAUGAUUUUGAUGAAAAUGGAAUUAUUUACUGGAUUGGAACAAAUGCAAAAACUGCAUAUGAAUGGGUAAAUCCAGCAGCCUAUGGAUUAGUAGUGGUUACAUCCUCAGAAGGAAGAAAUCUGCCUUAUGGUCGUUUAGAAGACAUCCUGAGCCGUGACAGUUCAGCUCUCAAUUGUCACACAAAUGAUGAUAAGAAUGCUUGGUUUGCCAUAGACCUUGGCCUUUGGGUCAUUCCAUCAGCCUACACAUUACGCCAUGCUCGAGGUUACGGACGAUCUGCUCUCAGAAAUUGGGUUUUCCAGGUAUCUAAGGAUGGACAGAACUGGACUACUUUGUAUACUCAUGUUGAUGACUGUAGUCUCAAUGAACCAGGGUCUACAGCAACAUGGCCUUUAGAUCCUCCAAAAGAUGAGAAACAAGGUUGGAGACAUGUUAGAAUAAAACAGAUGGGAAAGAAUGCCAGUGGGCAAACACACUACCUCUCCCUGUCUGGAUUUGAACUUUAUGGCACUGUGAAUGGAGUAUGUGAAGAUCAGCUGGGAAAAGCUGCCAAAGAAGCUGAGGCAAAUCUGAGAAGGCAGCGACGUCUGGUCCGUUCUCAGGUGUUAAAAUACAUGGUUCCAGGAGCUCGUGUAAUCAGAGGAAUUGAUUGGAAAUGGAGAGAUCAGGAUGGAAGCCCACAGGGGGAAGGCACUGUUACAGGAGAACUGCAUAAUGGCUGGAUUGAUGUCACCUGGGAUGCUGGUGGCUCUAACUCUUACCGUAUGGGCGCAGAAGGAAAGUUUGACCUCAAGCUUGCACCAGGGUACGACCCUGAUUCAGCGGCAUCACCCAAACCUGUUUCAUCCACUGUUUCAGGCACAACGCAGUCAUGGAGCAGCUUGGUGAAAAACAACUGUCCAGACAAGACGACUGCUGCUGCAGGCUCCUCAAGUAGAAAAGGAAGCAGCAGUUCUGUGUGUAGCGUGGCAAGUAGCAGCGACAUCAGCUUGGGUUCGACCAAAAUGGAGCGGAGAUCAGAAAGUGUAUUGGAACAAAAUAUAGUUUCAGGCCCUGACGUCCAUGAACCAAUUGUUGUUCUGUCUUCUGCUGACAGUAUGCCUCAGGCUGACAUAGGGUCAUCUUCCAGUGCGAGCACCAGCACCUUAACAGCGGACAUGGGAAACGAAAAUGCAGAGAGGAAGUUAGGUCCUGAUAACUCAAUACGUGCUCCUGGGGAGUCCAGUGCUAUAUCCAUGGGAAUUGUUAGUGUAAGCUCUCCUGAUGUGAGUUCAGUCUCUGAACUGACUAAUAAAGAAGCAGCUUCCCAACGACCCCUGAGCUCUUCAGCGAGUAACAGACUCUCAGUCAGUUCUUUGUUGGCUGCUGGGGCACCCAUGAGCUCCAGUGCAAGUGUUCCGAACUUAUCAUCUCGAGAAACUUCCAGCCUGGAGUCCUUUGUACGCAGAGUGGCAAACAUAGCACGUACCAAUGCCACAAACAACAUGAACUUAAGCCGGAGUAGCAGUGAUAACAAUACUAAUACUUUGGGAAGAAAUGUUGUGAGUACUGCAACUUCUCCUCUUAUGGGUGCCCAAAGUUUUCCUAAUCUGACUACAACUGGUACCACAUCAACAGUGACCAUGUCUACAUCCAGUGUUACUAGCAGCAGCAAUGUAGCUACAGCAACUACAGUUUUAUCUGUUGGUCAGUCGCUUAGUAAUACUCUAACUACUAGCCUAACAUCAACAUCUAGUGAGAGCGAUACAGGGCAGGAGGCAGAAUAUUCUUUAUAUGAUUUUCUUGAUAGCUGCCGAGCUAGUACUCUGUUGGCAGAGUUAGAUGAUGAUGAGGAUCUACCUGAGCCAGAUGAAGAAGAUGAUGAAAAUGAAGAUGAUAACCAAGAAGAUCAAGAAUAUGAAGAAGUUAUGGAGGAAGAGGAGUAUGAAACCAAAGGAGGCCGUAGGAGAACAUGGGAUGAUGAUUAUGUGUUGAAACGACAGUUUUCUGCAUUGGUUCCUGCUUUUGACCCAAGACCUGGUCGUACUAAUGUGCAACAGACAACUGACCUAGAAAUCCCUCCACCAGGUACACCUCAUUCAGAACUCUUGGAAGAGGUGGAGUGCAUGCCUUCACCACGUUUAGCGCUUACCUUGAAAGUUUCGGGUCUUGGAACAACUCGAGAAGUAGAACUGCCCCUAACGAACUUUCGAUCCACCAUCUUUUACUAUGUACAGAAAUUGUUACAGCUUUCCUGUAAUGGCAGUGUGAAAUCAGACAAACUUAGACGGAUUUGGGAGCCAACAUACACAAUCAUGUACAGAGAAAUGAAGGAUUCUGAUAAAGAGAAAGAAAGUGGGAAAAUGGGUUGCUGGUCAGUAGAGCAUGUGGAGCAGUACCUUGGCACUGAUGAAUUACCAAAGAAUGACUUGAUAACCUACCUGCAGAAGAAUGCAGACUCAGCUUUCCUGCGCCACUGGAAAUUAACCGGCACUAAUAAAAGUAUUAGGAAAAACAGAAAUUGUUCCCAGCUCAUAGCUGCAUACAAGGACUUUUGUGAACAUGGAUCAAAAUCUGGAUUGAGUCAAGGGGCCAUUUCUACUCUUCAAAAUUCUGAUAUCCUUAGUUUGGCCAAGGAGCAACCCCAGGCCAAAGCUGGCAGUGGACAGAACUCCUGUGGAGUAGAAGAUGUUCUGCAGUUACUUAGAAUUUUGUAUAUAGUUGCCAGUGACCCUUACACAACACGGACUUCUCAAGAAGAAGGAGAUGAGCAUCCUCAGUUUAGCUUUCCACCAGAUGAAUUCACAAGUAAAAAAAUUACUACAAAGAUUCUGCAACAGAUUGAGGAACCAUUGGCACUAGCAAGUGGAGCUUUGCCAGACUGGUGUGAGCAACUAACAAGCAAGUGUCCUUUCUUAAUUCCGUUUGAAACGAGACAGUUGUACUUCACAUGUACAGCAUUUGGAGCAUCAAGAGCAAUUGUGUGGCUGCAAAACAGACGUGAAGCCACUGUGGAACGGACAAGGACCACGAGCACAGUGCGCCGGGAUGAUCCGGGGGAAUUCAGAGUUGGACGCCUCAAACAUGAAAGAGUGAAAGUUCCGCGAGGUGAAUCCUUGAUGGAGUGGGCAGAAAAUGUCAUGCAGAUUCAUGCAGACAGAAAAUCUGUUCUAGAGGUUGAGUUUUUAGGGGAGGAAGGAACAGGCCUGGGUCCUACCUUGGAAUUUUAUGCAUUGGUGGCAGCAGAAUUUCAGAGGACAGAUUUGGGUGCUUGGCUUUGUGAUGAUGAUUUUCCAGAUGAUGAGUCCCGACAGGUUGAUAUCGGUGGUGGACUGAAACCACCUGGCUACUAUGUACAGAGAUCAUGUGGACUGUUUACAGCACCAUUCCCACAAGAUAGUGAUGAACUUGAAAGAAUAACCAAACUCUUUCAUUUCCUUGGAAUUUUCUUGGCUAAAUGCAUUCAGGACAAUAGACUUGUGGAUUUACCCAUUUCUAAGCCUUUUUUUAAACUCAUGUGUAUGGGGGACAUUAAAAGUAACAUGAGUAAAUUGAUAUAUGAAUCACGGGGUGACAGAGACUUGCACUGUACUGAGAGUCAGUCAGAGGCUUCCACAGAAGAAGGACAUGAUUCCUUGUCAGUAGGAAGUCUGGAAGAAGACUCCAAAUCAGAAUUUAUUCUUGAUCCACCAAAACCUAAGCCCCCUGCCUGGUUUAAUGGAAUUUUGACAUGGGAAGACUUUGAAUUAGUAAACCCACAUAGAGCUAGGUUUCUAAAAGAAAUUAAGGACCUUGCAAUUAAAAGACGUCAAAUUCUAAGCAACAAAAAUCUGUCAGAAGAUGAAAAGAACACAAAACUACAGGAAUUAAUGCUGAAGAAUCCGUCAGGUUCAGGGCCUCCUCUUAGCAUAGAGGACUUGGGUUUAAAUUUUCAGUUUUGCCCUUCGUCCAAAGUAUAUGGGUUUACAGCUGUGGAUCUCAAACCAGGUGGUGAAGAUGAGACUGUAACAAUGGAUAAUGCAGAGGAGUAUGUAGAUCUCAUGUUUGACUUCUGCAUGCAUACUGGUAUACAGAAACAAAUGGAGGCCUUCAGAGAUGGCUUCAAUAGAGUCUUUCCAAUGGAGAAGCUGAGUUCCUUCAGCCAUGAAGAGGUUCAGAUGAUUCUGUGUGGAAAUCAAUCACCUUCUUGGGCAGCUGAGGAUAUCAUCAAUUACACCGAACCCAAACUGGGAUAUACAAGAGAUAGCCCUGGAUUCCUUCGAUUUGUGAGAGUCUUGUGUGGAAUGUCCUCAGAUGAGAGGAAGGCGUUCCUGCAGUUCACCACGGGUUGUUCGACGCUCCCACCCGGGGGGCUGGCAAACCUCCACCCCCGGCUCACUGUUGUGCGCAAGGUUGAUGCUACAGAUGCAAGUUACCCAUCUGUGAAUACAUGUGUGCAUUACCUAAAGUUGCCUGAGUAUUCUUCCGAGGAGAUUAUGAGGGAGCGUCUGCUAGCUGCUACCAUGGAGAAAGGCUUCCAUCUCAACUGAGCCGCUGAGUGCAGCCCGCGACAUGGAAGUGUUUUUGAUCCUAGCGAAGCCUCUUGUGUUUGUGUGCAAAAAUACGAUCUCCACGCUGUGCUCUGACGAGACUUGCCUUUUUUCACCUGUGAGGCUUUAGGAAAAUGUGGAAUGUUUGUUAGCUGCUAAUGACAAAAUAAAUCCUUGUAACUACACAGCCAGCAAGAAAUUGGCACAGAACACUGUGUGAUGCUUCAAGGGCUUGCACAACUGGAAAUUAAGGUGUUUCUGUUUGACUGUUCCAAAGAACAGAUCAUCAGAUUUUCAGUGUUCACUGAUACAAAUUUCUAACAGUGUAUUGUGUAAAGUUUGUCUUUUAAUACCCUGUACACUACGGUUGCCAUCACUGAUCCCUGUUUUGCUGGCUUUAAGCUAACUGGUCAGAAACUUGCUUCCUUUAAAAUUUAGACUUAAUGGGCAUCUCCAGCCUUUUCUUUUUUAAUGGUGCCUGCACUAUUGGAGUAUUUUAGUGGGUUUUUGCGUAUAAUCAUGCACAACAACUUUUUUUCUUCUUUUUCUUUCAAGUGGGAAUAUAUUUUGAUUUCUCAAAUGCCCUGCUAUAAAGAUCAAAUCCUUAAGUGUGUUUGUGCAGCUCAACAAUAAAGCUAAUAAAAAACACUGGUUCCUAGUGCAAGGCACACUUAAAGCAAGUUUUACUUUCGGUUGUAUUUUCUUUGUAUAUUAUAAACAUUUAUUUAACUUGUUGCAGUUUGAAGUUUAAAAAAAAAGCACCCAAUGUGUAAGCUCAAAAGUAAUCAUUAAAAUGUUUGCAACAUAUAAAAA